CUUUGCUCAAUUCUCACACCAAAACUGUACUUACCUACCUACCAAUACCAUUCAUUACUAUACUUCAACUCACCAUUUUUUUCUCUAUAUUAAUUAGUGUACUUUCAAGCCAAUAAAAUGGCUAUCCGCUUUCCAAAUUAUCCCUUUGUACUUAUCUUCCUUUUUGCUCCACUUCUUGUACUUCAGCUAAUUCCGUGUGAUGCUGCAACAUGUAACGACUGUUUUAUUCAAUCCAGAGCAGCUUACUACCCUAACUCCGACGAAAAAGGAACCGAAGUUGGAGCAUGCGGUUUUGGUACGUUCGGAGCGAAAAUUAAUGGUGGAGAUGUCUCAGCUGCAUCUGCUCUUUAUAGAGAUGGUGUAGGAUGUGGAGCUUGUUACCAAGUGAGAUGCACCAACCCUGCUUACUGCUCAGACAAUCGAGUGACAGUAGUUAUCACUGACAGCGGGUCAAGUGAUAACACUGAUUUCAUACUCAGUAGACGUGCCUAUGCAAAGAUGGCUCAAACUGAAGAUUUAGCAGCGACAAUACUAGAUCAGGGUAUUGUUGAAAUCGAGUAUAGACGUACUUCGUGCUCUUAUCCAAACAACAACAUUCAAUUCAAGAUUGAUGAAAGCAGCAACUAUCCUCACUACUUGGCCUUUGUUAUUUGGUAUCAACAAGGCAAGAAAGAUGUGACUGCAGUACAAUUAUGCGAGACUGGAAAUUUGACGUGCAAGUUAUUGGACCGAAGCCAUGGUGCAGUGUGGGCAGUGGUUUCCCCUCCGAGCGGACCAUUAUCAAUAAGGAUGUUGUUGAGUGACGUUGAGGAUGGAGAUGAGACAUGGGCUGUUCCUGUCAAUAAUAUACCUUCUGUUUGGAAAGCAGGGGAUGUAUAUGAUUCAGGAAUACAAGUAUAAUUUCCGGCCGCCAUUCCAUCGAUCGAACCUUAAGAUAUUGUUAACUAAAUAUUAAAUUUAAAUUUGGUCGUGUACUUAAAUUUUCAUCUUUUUUGGUUGUUGAAUUGAUUGUACUACUAUUUAGCAAUAAGUUUGGGUGGAUACUUUCCCUUGACAAAAAGUUAGUAUGUUGAAGAUCAUCAUGAUAAUGUACUCCAUGAUUUUCCGUUACUAUGAAUGUCAGAUCAUUAAGUUAGUUUAUUUUCUUAA